AUGGCCUACCUCAUCACUCAUGUGCGAAUCUUCGACGGCGAGCGAGUGACGCUCGAGGAUGCUCACGUCCUGCUCGAAAACGGCCGGAUUGCGAGCAUCUCUUCCAACAUUCCCCCUGUGCUCCCAGAGGGAUGUGUCCAAAUCCCGGGCUCUGGGUGUACGCUCCUCCCAGGCCUUAUCGACUCGCAUGUCCACGUGUACAACGACGCCACGUUUCUCUGCAAUGCUCUGCGCUUCGGUGUGACGACCGUGCUGGAUAUGCACAACGAACCGCACUGGUUUCAGGAGAUGAAGCAGUUGGCGGUGGCUCGGGAUGACGUGGCUGAUAUCUUGAGCGCGUGCUAUGCUGCCACUGUCAAGGAUGGUUGGCCUGCUGCUAUUAUCCAGCUUACAGCGGAUAGCCCCCAGGUCCGUGACAGGCUUGCACAAUGGCCAGACGUUGUAGAUGUAGCAUCAGCGGAGACGUUUGUAGUGAGGAAUAUUGAGUCAGGCGCAAGCUUCAUAAAACUCAUGCAGGAGAGCGGCCUCCCAUUCGAUCUGCCAUUCCCAUCCGUCCCCGUCCCAGCGCCCUCGAGCCAGGUGCAAAUGGCCAUAGUGGACAUUGCGCAUCGGCACGGCAUGCUUACCGUUGGCCAUGCACUCUCAUUCAAUGACACUGCCGCCCUGCUUGAGGCUGGGGUUGAUGGCCUGGCCCACGCCUGCUGUCAAGCCUUGAGCGAGCAGGAGCUGUCCUUUUUCCUGGAGAGAGAGACCAAGCCAUUCGUCAUCCCUACACUAGCAGUCCAAGCAUCCGCAGGAGCAGAGGAGAUGGAGAGUCGGAAGCUCUACUCGCAGCGGUUAGGUGCGGAGCACGAUCGCGCACAUAUGUGUGAGUGCCUGGGGAUUGCCAGGAAAGGAUUCACAAUGGAGAAUGCGGCGGCGAAUGUCCGUCUGUUUAAGAAGGCGGGUAUGGAGAUUGUCUGUGGCACCGACUCGUCUAGUCACCUAAAAGGUGUUUUCGUCGGCGCUUCCCUCCAUCAUGAACUUUGGCUGUAUGUGAAUAGGUGCGGCUUUACGCCACUCGAGGCACUCCAGUCAGCUACCUCUGUCCCGGCACGGAUCUUCAAGCUACAUGACCGGGGCCGUGUUGCGACUGGGCUCAAGGCAGAUUUGGUGCUUGUCAAAGGGGAUCCCACUACUGACAUUGAAUGUACGCAGAAUAUCUCCGAGGUAUGGAGGAAUGGGAUCAGGCUGGACAUGCGCUGA